GUUGCGUCGGGAGAUGUAAAAUCUUAGGGAUAUUAUUUAGUUUUUAGUAAUUCUAUCGUUUUGAUGAAUAAUUGUUUGUAAUGGUAUUUUUUUACACAAUAAUUUGUAAAUAACAAAUCAGCUGUUAGAAUAGUGGUGAUAAAUGAGUAUGACAAAUUAUUUAACUUGUUCGUAAUCUGUGCGUGUAAUGUUUGUAAGGAUGAUUGUUAUCAAGUCCAAGUGAAAUGAACGCUAAUCAUGAGGAUAAUAUGUAAUGUAACUAUAUUUCGACGUCCACGGCUCCUGAUUUGAUACAUUUUAUUCAAUAUAUGUUUAAAUAUUAGUUGCUUAACGGUAAAGUGGGUCACCAGUUGAUAUAGUUAUUAAACCAUAUUGAUUACAAUGAAUGAGAAAAAGUUGGUGCAGAAUUUUAAGAGUUACAUCAAUGUAUCGCCUAUGAAUAAUGGAGAUAAAAAUGGAUCUAUUCAAGAGCUGAAACCAAAACUUCUUAAUGGCGAACUUGUGGUGGGAGCGGCGCACAGCGUUGUUAUGCUAGCGCCUCUAAGCGAACGGGAUCGGGGAAGAUUCGGUUCACUUUUCGUCACUAACUACAAGCUGUCCUUCAUGCCGAUCGAUAGCUCGAGCAAUGAUGAGUAUGGUCAAAAAAAUCAGCUUGUGGGUACUUUCGACGUACCGUUAACGGGCGUCGGUGCUUUAUGGCAGACUGACGGUGGGCCCACACGGCGCAGAAGACUUCUUCCACGCUCCGAUGUACCCUCGAAAUUAAAAGGACUACAAAUUGUUUGUAAGAAUAUGAAAGUGCUAACGUUCAACUUCGCGAACUCACCGAUCGGCAAUGGAAGAAAAGUGGCCAUGGCUCUAUUACACCAUGCGUUCCCAAAACGCCACGAUUUACUAUUCGCAUUCGAGUACAGAGAACCUUAUUACCCGACUCUGCCCUCAGAUCUGAACAUGUUCCAAAGGCCCGGAGACUGGAAGAGAGAGCUCGAAAGAUGCGAAUGUCCACAUUGGAGAAUCACUUGUAUAAACGGAACGUCGGACGCGUUCAUGCUCACAGCGGGCGAAACUUUAAUCGUACCUGGGUCGGUAUUGGAUUAUAAUUUAAUAGAAUCGGCGAGGCACUUCAGAUCAGGUAGAGUCCCAAUUUGGGUCUGGGGACGACCGGAGGGAGCAGCGUUGCUGAGAAGCGGGGAGUUGCUACCGACAGAACAGUCGGCUACGGCCGAAAGCGUUCUUCUAGAACAGGUGCGGCGCUCGCACCCCAAGCUGACGCCGCCGCGCGUGCUGUACGUGUGCGGCGCGGCGGGCGCGGCGGGCGCGGGCGGCGCGGCGGGCGCGCUGCCGCCGCUGGCCGCGCUCGACGCCGCCUACAAGAAGCUGGCCGAGCUCUGCACGCCCACCACGCUCGCCGGCUUCUGGACGCAGGAUUCGCAGUACUACUCGUUCCUAGAGUCGAGUCGCUGGCUGCGCCACGUCGCCUCGUGCCUGACGUUCGCGGACGAGGCCGCCGCGCAGCUCGCACAGAACGUGUCCGUCGUGCUGCAGGAGGGCGACGGCGUGGACUACAGCGCGGUGGUGUCGUGCCUCACGCAACUGUUGCUGGACGUGCACUACCGCACCAUCUCGGGCUUCCAGUCGCUCAUACAGAAGGAAUGGAUAGCACUGGGGCACCCGUUUUGCGACAGACUCGGUCUUCCGCGUCCCGGCACAACGAAAGAAGAAACCGAAAAGGAGCCAACGGCGCAAGUGGCACCGGUGUUCCUUCUGUUCCUGGACUGCACUUGGCAGUUACAGCGUCAGUUCCCGGCUGCCUUCCAGUUCACCGAGACCUACCUCACGACGCUGUGGGACUGCACGCAUAAUCAUCUCUUCGACACAUUCCUAUUCAAUUGUCCGAGGGACAGGGAACUCGCUGUAGCGAAGAACUUCGUGCAGCGUCCGCUAUGGGACUGGGAAGAGCAGUUCUCGGAGCAGGACAUCGCGCUGUUCUAUAACCCGCUUUUCGGACAAUCGACACCCUCGUCUCGACUAUCGGCGAGCGCGGAGGCGGCGCGCGCGGACGCGGCGCGCCUGCGGCCCUGCACGGCGCUGUGCGGCGUGGAGCUGUGGUCGCAGUGCUACGAGCGCUGGCUGCCGCCGCUGGACGCGCCGCGCGCCGGCCACGUGCAGUUCGUGCUGCAGCACGCCGCGCUGCGGGCGCAGAUCCAGAAGCUGAACGAAAAGCUGUCUUCGCUGUCGAUUCUUAGCCGUCACUCGAACGGCUCGGAGACGACGGACGCUCUGGAGGCGCCGCCGACGCCGCCGCCGAUCGUGACGCGUUUCUUCCCCUUCAGCCUCAGGGGCAACUACGAGGUGAGCAGGAACCUGGACUCCAUGCACGUGAGCCUCAUAGACGCUAGUCAGCUGCUCGAUUCGCAGUCUCUGCUCAACGCACCGGAUUAAUUUCGAUUUUUAAGUCGUGACAAUUUUGUCGACGUUUUUAGAAAUGAUUGUUUACGAUGUUUAGUGAAAUAAGAAUGACUGGGCCUCCGUUAAAUCGGAUACGUUAACGUCGCCGCCGUGUGCUAAAUUAGAAAAAAAUGUAAAAAUAAUACUUUCAAAUUAAGUAACGAGGAAAAUGACGUAAUUUAUUAUUUAAUUCUAUGCUACAUAUACUUUUUUUAAUGAACAACUUGUAUUAAAGAAAAAUAUAACUUUUAUAUAAAAUGAUAGAUUUAGUUAUAUGUAAUCAAAAAUAUUGGAGAUGUAGCGAUCAAGAGAUUACAUAGAACAAAAACUAAAUAGCUAAAGCCAUUGUAUCGAAAAGUAUUAAAUAGAUUCUAAUAUAUUUUGUUCGAUGUACAUGCGUAAGCCAUGAAAUAUAUGUACAUAGUUGUAAAACCUAGGUGUAGAUAAGAUUUGAGUUUAGGAAUUGAUUUCUAUAAUAAUCUGUAAAAAAAAUAUUCUACCAUAAAAUAUAUAUAUUAGGAUGGCAACAUUAAUAUAUUUCAAUGCAAAAAUAGUAUAAAAACAAAGUAUUCUUAAUAUAGAAACAUUUGAUACCACAAACAGAUAAGUACCGAGUUUGUAUUUUAAUUUUUAAUAUAUCUUAUGUAAACAACAAUUUUUCAUCUGUUACCAUACUUGUUAUAUUAACAUUUUGUUAUAUCGUUUAUAAUUAAGAGUCAAUGCAGUUUUAAAUCAUUCAUGUAUUAUUUUUCAUAAAAUCAUAAUUAUUUAUAUAUAAUCUUGUAAAUUAAAUUUGUUUGUAAAUUAAUUAUGUUUGAAUAAUUAAAGCGCACACAUGUUUUUUUUCCAUUAUCUGGAUAUUCAAGAAUGAUUCACAACUGUGUUCUGAAAACAGGACCAAAAUUAUUUAUUAAAACAUUUUAUCUAUAUCAUUAUUUUCGUUGUAAAUAUGGCAGCUACCGAGUCGAAUUUUUUGUUAUUAAUUUUAACCAAAAUAAUAUAUUUAUAAUAGUUUCAGUUUUAAUGAUUUAGAUUAUCCGACACAUAAUAUUGGCUGUUUAUAAAAAAAAAAUUACAGUUGCGUUAGGUUUGCAAAUAUUAGUGCCGGAUGUGUGUGUGGAUUCGAGCGAAGCUAAGUUUAUAUGUAAAAUCGGUUCCGUACUUGUGUAUAAAACACAUUACAUGGAAUAUAUAGAAGUACUCUCUGGAUAUAAAUAUAAUUAAUAUAUGUGAAAAUUAUAAAAUAUUUUAUUGUAAAUUAUUGCGACAUCGAAAUAAUUAUACAUAAGAAUUGGCUGAACAAAAUGGCAAUUUAAUUCGAAUAAUUGUUAAUUGUUGUGCGAAGUUUACUUUUGAUACAUAUUUGUAAUAUUUUUCGAGUACUCGAACUUUAAGCGAAUCAUAUAAUUAUAUUUAUACAAAUCGAUAUUUUGUAUAGAAUGUUGACGUAAUGCUAAAACAACUAUGGUUUUAAAAUUGUGCCAUUUCAUUAUAUCGAUGUUCAGCUGUAAAAAUCAGUACGACUUAAGAGAAAUAGAAUCGACCCAGUGUUUACUAGCGAUAGAUGUAAUAUCUUCACCGUAUUUGUUCUGUUGUUAAGUGUACCUGACAACGUAAAAUGCAGAAAUGUUCAAAUAAAACAAUUACCCUCA